UUGCAAAUGGCUAAAUAGCCUGCGCUCUUUUGUGGAAACAUCUAAUUUAACGUAUCUUUUGCAAUGUAUCUUGCAAAUAAGCAACGCAGUGCUCGCUAAUCAACUGUAUAUUGUGGGUUGCAUGGCGAUGUGUUGAUCUAGCUAAUUUGACAAUACGACCUAUCAUAUGAAACAUAGAACUAAGUUAGAAUAACGUUUUUUAACUGCUCUAACUUUAACUAGCAAGUUAAAUAAGCCCCAGCUACGAGCUGAGUAGGAAAAUACUGUUACGGUUAACUUAGCUACGAAAUGCUACCAACACAUCUGAGACUAGACUAGCUUGGCUAAGUAACGAUGAAAAGAACGUGAAACAAACCAAAUUAGCGAAAUUGGUAUAUUUAUGUUAAGCAAACGUUAGAGUUAGCUACGGCAAACAUUUUAGUCGAUGUCUAAUUAUCCAUUAUCAGAAAAGCCUGACGGUAAAUGCUAGGCGUUUCUGUUUACUCUACCUAGCUAAUGUUCCUAGGCUAGCUAACGUUAGAUAACAUUGGCCAUUUAGCGAUAACGGAGUUUGCACCAUUCUCAUAUUGCCAGUUAGCGCGACUAGCUAGAAACAUUGCUGAAGUUGACGUUACUGUCCGGGGCAGUUUGAUAAACAUAAUUGUGUAACGUUAGACUGAAGUUGUUUAAUCUUCAGACUGUCGUUUAGUUUUUCUUUCUUUAACUGUUAUUUGUCGCAGAACAAAAAUAUAAGAUUUUCAUCGUCCCUGUUUUAGAAAGAUUUUAGUUAACUUACAGGAUAAUUCGGCUAACGGUAGAGCUGGACAAAGUAGAUAAAGUAGAUCUAUAUCAUCUACUAGUUCAGUAUUGUCAAACUUGCAUUUCAGAAAAAUGCUGGUCUACAAAUCUGGCUAGCCGCUUAGAUGGAGAUAAUGUGCAACAAAAAAUAUAAUUCUCAAAUUGUGGAGUUACAAUUUGCAGACAUUUUAGAUAACUAGCCUAAGCCAGGCUACCAGUCGUAACGUUACAGUAUUUUUACCGCUAUUUGCUGCAACGUUAACGAGUUGGCUAGCUGGCGUGGGGCUGCUUCGUAAUAUGUAACUUGGCUAUUCCAUGAUAUAGCCAAUGAUUUUGACAGCCGAAAAAACUCGUAGACUUUCUCUCAUAUAGUGCGUAGUGACGUCGACUAGAUUGUUAUAAUGUUAUUUCAAUAAAAAUGUUGUAUCAAUCUAAUGUGCAAUAUCAGCAUAGGUAACUAACGUUACAUUAUAAUCCAGAAGUUGGUGUUGUUCAUGACUAUCGGAGCAGUACCAUGGUUAUUCAUUGUUGUAUGCAUUCCACGUUAGCUAGUGAACCAGAAAGCUAACGUUAAUGUUCUUCAGCAGGCCCAGUUAAGCUUCUGACUCGUUUUGCUAACAUCAACCGGACUGUCACAUUCUUGUUAAACCAUUGGACUAGAGACAGGCUGUCGCAGUCCCAUUGGGCUUUGAACGAUUGUAUCCACUCAUUGGAUACUUCCUUUACUCGGAGCCGAUUGGACCUUUGUGUUGGCAGGCGGCUGUAAUUGGCUACAAGGAAUGUCAUUUAGACGGUUUCCUUCCUCUUUUCGGAUACAUUUGUCUUUCAAUGCCAGUCGUGUCUCAGGGCGCGGCCCCAUCAAACGCUUGAAUUAGCGAUUUAUUAUUCUUAACUUCCAAAUACAAAAGCGCAUCGUAGCGAUAGGUUUGUUGACAUACCAUUUCAUUUUCAGGUUCGUGGCCUGGACAUUUAUGUGAGCGGUCUUGCCUCAGUGGAACGGGUCUUAAAGGGAGGAGAGACUCACAGAGACCCAUAUCAGGACUGUGGGUUCUGUUUUUUGUUUUUGUGAACAAGGAAUAAUCCAACCUACUGCAACGAUUUAGUUUACCUGUUCAACCACAGCACACAGGUGUUCAGCGGCACGCACCAUGGAGGCCAUCGCCAAGUACGAUUUCAAAGCCACUGCUGAGGACGAGCUGAGUUUUAAACGUGGGGAAGUAUUGAAGGUUUUAAAUGAGGAGUGCGACCAGAACUGGUACAAAGCAGAGCUGAACGGGAAAGACGGCUUUAUUCCAAAGAACUACAUAGAAAUGAAAGCCCAUCCGUGGUUUUUCGGGAAGAUCCCGCGGGCCAAGGCGGAGGAGAUGCUGAACAAACAGAGGCACGACGGGGCCUUCCUGAUCCGGGAGAGCGAGAGCGCGCCGGGCGACUUCUCCCUGUCCGUCAAGUUUGGAAACGACGUUCAGCACUUCAAGGUCCUACGUGACGGAGCAGGGAAGUACUUCCUGUGGGUGGUCAAGUUCAAUUCUCUCAACCAGCUGGUGGAUUACCACCGCUCCACCUCUGUGUCGCGGAACCAGCAGAUCUUCCUCCGAGACGUCGAGCAGGUUCCCCAGCAUUCCACGUACGUCCAGGCGCUGUUCGACUUCGACCCCCAGGAGGACGGGGAGCUGGGCUUCAGGCGCGGGGACUUCAUCCAGGUUCUAGACAACUCCGACCCCAACUGGUGGAAAGGAGCCUGUCACGGGCAGACGGGCAUGUUCCCGCGCAACUACGUCACGCCUGUCAAUCAGAACAUGUAACUCCGCCCCCCCCUCCGCACCAUCCAACCCCGACCCUGUGCCCCCCCCCCCCCGACCCCCGACCCCAAAGAGAUUCAGAGCCACGUGGAAGAAUGGAAGAUCCCGGAAACGAUGAGCAGGAGGCGAAGAGCAGGACGGCGGCGUCCCCUCGCCGGUGGCGGUUGGGCGGAGCCGAGCUCACGACGAAGAGCGUUGAGCGCUGCAGUGCCGUCCGCGCGCGGGACGGGACAGAAGGCCCCGGGAGCAGUCAGAGGAGGGAAGCGUACCACGCCAAAAAUCCACCGUGGAAAAUCACGUCCUUCUCUUCCCUUCUCCGUCUCUGGCCUUCCGAAGCUGCCUCUGCCUUCUCCACCUUGUUGCUGUUGUUUUUUUUUUUUUUUCCCCCUUGUUGUGUGUUAUAAUCACCACAACAGCAAAUAACAAAAAAAAAAAAAGUCAAAAAACAUUUCAAGAUCGUCGAGAAACUGAAAAUAAACCAUUUUGAAAAAUUACGAAAAAGAAAAAAAAUAUAUAUAUUGUUCACUGCAGUCUCAAAGUCAGAGACCUGAUGCAAAAGAAUGAUUGUACAGCAGACUUGGGUGCAUAAAUAAUAGAGAAAUUCCAUUUUUAAGUAUAUAUAUAUAUAUAUAUUAUAAAGUGUAUGUAUGUGUUUGUCUGUUUCCCUUCUUGGUGCAUUCUUCCCUCGUGUGAAUCAUGUUCUGCUCGUGUUUUCCGUCUGGAUGAGACCUAGCGGCUGUGGGAUCGGGUUGAAUUGUCAGUUUGACUGUCCCGAAUUUGUCUGAGCGAUCGCAGAUGUAAGACGGUGGGAUAUUGGGAGGAUGUGGGUGUUCUACUCAACUCUCAGUUCUUUGAGGCCCUGUGUGCAUAACUUGCUUCUUUAAGGAAACGUGUGGAAGAAUAACGGAAGUUGGACGAUUCUGUUGGAGGAACUGUGGUACAUGAUGUUCGCAAAGCCCCCCCCCCCCCCAAUUAUUUUUAACACACAGUCCCCACAUGCGGUAGUGUGAUGAAUGUAGCCAUCUUAGUCCCCUGUGUGUGGGAGUACACGGUCAGAUAAUUGGGUUCAGAGUUGAUGAAUCCGGAGGUUAAAUUUUUCCGAUGUUUUUACUCUCGUUAGUACAUAUCCGCCGUUUGCCACGACGUUUGUCCGCGUAACGAGAGCCGAAUUGGAUAAGCGUAACCGAAUUAGCCGCGAGCGACUGGAUCUGAACAGAAGGGCGCGCUCACUCGCGGCUGGGAGGAGAGCAGCCGCGCCGCAGACACGGUCCGUAGCGGCUGAGUUCCUACGGUUGAGUCCUGCUCCUGUUUGUCCUUCUCUCUGGACAGUGCCUUUUUCCAUCGCUGGUGUUUCAGUGUCUCCCAACGGUCAGACCUGCAGAGAGAAACGUUGUAAAUAACGGUCCUUCCCCCCCCCCCACCACCUCCCCCACCGAAUUCAUUUCAUACCUGUCGCCAUGGAAUCCUUGUUAUUUAAAUGUUUUCCAGUCUUACCUAAGUACUAGUUUUCUGGCUUGUCCUUUUUUUUUGUUUUGUUUGUUUGUUUGUUUUGUUUUUGUUUUCAAUGAAUAAAAAUGAAAUGGUAAAAAACUGCGAUGUGUUUCAGUGCAAGGAGGUGAUGCCGCAUGGUCAGGGAGUGAGGCCUGUGGGGCCUGUCGACAGACCUGUUCUUUGACGAGCUCGUGAAGUGUUUAAAGGAAAGAGACAUGCUUUUUCCCGAGUGUCGAGAUGUCUGAAUGUAUCAAGAGGGCUUUUUGUAACUGUACUGUUGGCUUCAGUGCGGCGGCUGAAUGCAGCCGCUGCGCAUGAUGUCUCUAUUUUUUCAGCCAUUACUGUGUAAUUGAAACGGGAUGCUGCAUCUCCAAGUCUGAUCUUAAUCGUGUUACUCCAGUGCUUUGAGCAGUGCAUUCUCUCUCUCUCCCUCUCUCUCUCUCUCUCUCUCUCCCCCUCCCUCUCUCUCUCUCUCUCUCUCUCUCUCUCUUUAAGCUCACAUCUCUGUGAGCGUUUCAGCGUUGCGUAAUCUUCUUCGCAGCUCGUCGCCGCGGCGACCAGAGCGCAAUGCAAUCACUCUGUGGAAAGAGUAACGUGAUGAAGUCUGAGAGCAGAGUGGACUGCCCUGCCCGCAAUAUGCUUUAAUCCUGGACCCUUGGCUCGCUGCAGCCAGGAGUGACCAAGCCGCAUUUAAAAAGAAAAGAAAAGAGAAGAGAUAAAAGCAGAACGGUGUCGGCUGAUGUCUUUUGUGUGCACGGACGCCUGGUAGCUUGCUCUCAUUUGGUGAGAGCUCCGGGUCUUGUGUACCCGUGCCCCGGUGAUUGGGUUAUUUUUGGCCUCAUCCUCUCAGCGUUCCAGUCUGGCUGCCCCACCAGCUGCAUAUGCACAGCCCCCCCCCCCCCAAUCAUGUUCUCUGCAGCCCCCCUUCUGUAGGGUGCACAAUUGGGGCUGUCCUGUCUGUUAACCAUUGAGAUGGCCUUUUUUUAAAAAAUGGAUUCUUCCUGUAUUAAAGGAGCAAGGGCGAGGGGCCUCUCAGAUAAAUGAGAAAAAAAAGGCAUUGUUUCACACCUGAUGAGGUCUCUGAGAAGUCCUGUGAUUUAAAAAAGAAUCGUAUUUCUGUUUUUGUGGAUGUUUUCAGUUGGGCCAGGCAGUUCCAUACAGAAGUGUCUGACGACCUGCUGGUAUUACAGUGGCUGGUGUGGGGGCCUUUGGGAGUUAGGGAUCUAAAGCAAAAAAAAACAUUUGAAAUAAGUUCAGAAUAGCUUGUCCAGUGACAUAUUUCCAAGGGCUGUACAUAUGAACGUCAAUUUUCUAUUUUAUUCACAAUUGUAAAUUGUAUAAAUAUUCUUUUUUUUUCUGUUGUCUUUACUUCAGCGCUGCGGCCUUGGGUUGCAUGCUCCAGCGGAAAUGGGUCUAAGCAGAAAUGUAAUUUUUCAUGUCGUUUCUUGACAAACGAUCGAGUGAUAUGCACACACGCCAGCCGGAAACGGUACAAGCUGCUUUGGCGUUACGUUAAGCCUGUUCUCUUGCUUUAGACCACCGGGCCCCGCACGCCCCUGCAUUGUCGAACCAGCAGGGCAUCAGAAACGGCUGUAAAGACCUAAAACAUCCAUCGUUGCAUGAAAACGGUUUGUGCCAAGUGAAAACAUACAUCAAAAAUGAAAUAUAAAAAUGAUGAAAUGUUUUGAAAACGUGGGCCAAAAAGAGGCUCUCCUGGCUCAGUGGGAGUAUUUGCCAUGAAACAAGCACCCCCCCCCCCCCCCCAAAAAAAAGAAAAUAAAUGAAUAUAUAAUAAUCACAUUGGACACCUCUGUCCUUGCCUUGGGAAUGCCCACAGGGGCCUUGCCUAGUACUAGUACAGUAUAGAGGGAGGUCUGGCACAGUUACACCUGGUGUAGAGGGGUUUACCCUGUCUCAAGGUCAGCAGUCUCCUGUGGGACCCUAGUAGAGGGUAAUGUAAUCUGGGCGGAUGCUUUAAUACAGAGGGUGUGGUUUUAUUUUUGUACCUGAGGAAGACGCCUGAUGCUUUUUGGGAAAACAGGAUAAAAGAUCUAGAGGUUUUAAUUUCAGCGCGUGGCACGCAAACUCGUACUCUACUCGCACAACAUGCCGACAGAAGCGGGCGCGAUCCGCAGUAACUGUUCUGCGCAUGUCUGUCGCAGCCGCGUCUGUGUGGCCUAACUGUCGCUGCGUGUCCUCUCUGCCCGAAGCCGUUUGAAUUGCUUCCUCAGGGUCAACACAAGUUCACUGCUAAUCCCACGUGUUAAUCCCCGUUAAAGCUUUCUCCACUUCUGCACGGUAUGUCUCUUGAAGCAUCGUUUUGUCCUCCCAUGUUUGUUAUUGAGGUUUGAGAGAUAAAUGCCUGUCUGGAGAGGAAGAAGUGUUCCGUUUUUUUUUAUGACCUAAGUAUUCCUCUGACAACCAUGGCUACUGUGUUCUUGACUGGAUGUGUACAUGAAGAUGCUAACAUGACGAUCGCAGCUAUGCUGCCGUUGUUCCUCGAUGACUUUGCACUCAAGUCCACUUUCAGUUAUUCUCAGAAUUCUUAACUCCACUGAAAAGAUCCACAAGAUUUCCUUGGGACUUUUUCUUACGCUAUCUGCCAGAUUUGUCCUGAAUUUUUUUCACAAAGUGUCAGAAGCCACAUAACCUAACUGCUGGAGUUCAUGUAUGUCUGACUAAGGUUUUUCAUGUACAUAUACUUUGAGAAGGGGAUGUGAUUAUCCCUUUAAAUCUGAUGCAGAAUUUUUUUUUUUUUCGUAUUAGUGGAUAGACAAUAACUGUGAAUAAUAAAACAACCAUGUAGUCUGUA